UAUCAUUGAUCUGUCAACUGGCAGGCAAGAUGAAACUCUUGCUUAUCGGCCUAGCUGUAUGCUUAAGAGCUACCUAUGCUCAAUGGGGAAUUCAAAGAAAUGAUGUAGCCAACUUUGAUAGAUCAAUUUGGCAGCCCACUUGGGUGGAUCAAAACCGCUACAGAUCUUAUGUUACUCCAAACUGGGCGAACGGUUGGAACUCAUAUACUCUCAACCCUUUCCAAUUUUGGUCUCAACCAUACUCAACGUUACCGUAUCCCACGGGUCUCGGCUCCCGCUACUUGUAUCAGAAUAGAUGGAAUCAGCAGUACCCAAUCAGACAGUACCAAGAUAAUUGGUCUUCUAGAAACAACUACAAUGUUUACGCAAACCAACCGUGGAAUGGACUUGGUUGGUCUCAACGCCAGCACCAGGAAUAUCGUCCAUUCCGGACCGAAGAAUAUCAAGGGCCAAUCGCGCAAUAUUAUUACCCAAGACAACGAUACAAUGUUUACCCAGAAAGAGUGCAGCCUAGCUACAAUUGGAACCCCAGAAAUUGGAACUUAAAUAGACAGUAUCACCCCAUUAACGCAUAUCACCCAUAUCCAAUACGGUCUUAUCAGCCAACAUCAGUGAAUACACACAAAUCUUACCCAAUUGAAUCUUACCAUCCCUACCCAAUCAGAUCGCACCAUUCUUAUCCAUCGGAAACCGUGCAGUUCAAUAGGCCUUCUUGGAGACAGCCUCACCAACCCAAUCUCGUCAGUGAAAACCGGCGACACCAAAAUGAACAUAGUUACAAAAAAGCUUACAACCCUUUUUCUGUUCAAUCAGACAGGCCAUCUCCAAUAAGUAUCCACCGACCAAGCGUCAAUUCACAUGGAACUGAACGUAACUGGUACUUAAACAGUCAUUACGAUCCACUCUUAACAUCACACCAGCCUUCAGUUACUUCAGAUCAUUUACAUGAUUUGCAAUCAAUUCGGUCCCAUCCAUCUUCAGUUCAAUCACAUCUGAUCCGUCCACAACGGUUCUAUCCGCUAAAUUAUUAUUUGAAUCAGCAAGCCAUUAACCACCAACACCCAAAAGGGGUUCAUUACCAUAAUGAUAACAAAAAUAAUUUUUACCACUUGUACCACUCUCGACCAUCCCAAUCCCAGCACGUAGCAGUAAAAAAACAUGUAGUUCCUUUUAAAAAAGAACAGAUUGACCUGUCCACUCUGUGGUUCCUCAACCAAUUAUUAAAACCUGUCUCAACUAAACCGAACAACCGGUCCUCCAGGAACCAUCCUGGCUUUAAACCUUUCGAUGUUGUAAUCGUGAAAAAAAUUGUAUCCCCUGUCAAGUCGAAGACACUGGAAGAUCCACAUCGCCGUAUUCAUCUUAGACCUGACGUAAAUUCCUAUCCGAUAAAGGAAAAUCUAUCGACAGUAAAGCCUGUCUUCAACGGCAAUAAACCGGUAUCCAUAAAACCUUUUCGGCCACUCCAUGAGAAGGUGUCGAAAAAUCCACAGCAGGUUUUAGUGAACUGGAACCAACCACCAUCUGUCCAUCCGUGGUACCCCAAGGUGAACCCCUGGCAUCCAGCGAAGGAUAUUGGUGCAAAGCCGACAACUGCUGCAGUAGCGUAGAUAUGAUAUGUUAUGUAAAUAAAUUAUU